AUGGAGAGUGCUGGAACAAGCCAAGCUAACCAGAAGCAUCAUUUCGUCCAUAAAUCUCUUGCUGGGUUCAAUUUAGCAAGAGUGACAACCCGAGGAGAAAUUCUGCUGCCUACGAAGGCCGAAGGGGUAAUGAAGAGGACCCUUUUUGAAGUAGUAGACGGCGAUAUGGGCUACAGUAUUAUUCUUGGAAGGCAAUGGCUACGCGAGAUGAAGGUUGUGCCAUCAACAUAUCAUCAACUUCUAAAAUUUCCAACUCCGGAUGGAAUUAAACAAAUAAGAGGAGAUCAACCGGCGGCAAGGGAGAUGCACGCGAUCUCAGCUUCCAGUAGAAAAGGGAAGGAGCAUGCGAUAUAG